GACACCCGCGCCCCUGACCAAUGGGCGGCGCGGAUGGUGGCGGGUGGAGGGCCAAUGGGAGAGGCGGAUGGAGUAGUGGAAGGGGCCGGCUCCUGGAUGUUAUUGAAGGAGGGGAAUGAAGCCAGGAGCCCGGAGCCGGGCCUGAGGAGUCAGGGUGUAACCCCGCGCAACGGAGGACACACGCUGCCGGCAGUACAGGUAGAUUCCGGGGGACGGGCCGAGGGAAGGCGUGGGCUAAGAGACUUCGGAAAGAAGGUUCGGGCCUAGAGCUGGAGGUGAAUAAGAGAGAACAGUAAGAAAAUGCUAAAUUCUGACAUAGAGGUGGUGGAGGAUUGGCUCUCCCAGUUCAAGACAUUGCCUGAAUCUCAGAUAUCCUCUUAUGCAGCAACCCUUCAGCAGAAGACCGAUAUUGUGCCGGCUCUCUACAAGGUCAUCCAGGAUCCUAACAAUGAGUUACUGGAGCCUGUCUGUCACCAGCUGUUUGAGUUGUAUCGAAGCUCAGAGGUCAGGUUGAAGAGAUUCACGCUGCAGUUUCUGCCUGAAUUGAUCUGGGGAUAUCUGUGCAUCACGGCAAGCAGAGAGAGACAGAGCAAUGGCUGCAUUGAAGCUCUGCUUCUGGGGAUCUACAAUCUGGAGAUAGUCGAUAGAGAUGGAAACAACAGAGUGUUGUCGUUCACAAUCCCAUCACUCUCCAAGCCAUCAGUUUAUCAUGAGCCGUCGAGUAUUGGUUCCAUGGCCCUGACAGAAGGCGCACUGAGCCAGCACGAUCUAAUCCGGGUGGUGUACAGCGACCUUCACCCUCAGCGGGAGAACUUCACAGCUCAGAACAGGUUUGAAGUGCUGAGUUUCCUCAUGUUGUGCUACAACUCUGCGGUUGUCUCCAUGCCCAACUCCUCCUACCGCUCCCUGUGUAAUGUGUGUUCGAGAUUGUGUAUUACUGGGUUCCCACGACAACGGCAGAAGGUGUGGAGUGAGACAUGUGGCCGGGUCAUGCUGGACCCAGAGUUUAUGGUGCAGCUGUUGACAGGGGUCUAUCAUACAAUCUACAACGGAGAGUGGGAACUGGGCCAAGAAGCACUAGAGGACCUCCUAUAUCGUGCACAGUUAGAGCUGUAUUCUCAGCCACUGCUGGUUGCUAAUGCGAUGAAAAGCUCAUUGCCCUUUGAUGCUCCUGACGUUUCCAAGGUGGGUAGGAAGUGUCUGCAGGUGGAGGUGACACCAACAGUACCCAGGAUAUCUCGCACUGCCAUCACCACAGCCUCUAUACGAAGGCAUCGCUGGAAGAGAGAGGUUCCAGACUCAUUGGCCAUUCAGUCCUCCCCCAGGAUGGGAUCAGCCCACACAGUGAGUAUUGAUGAAAAAUUCAGCUGGGUGUUUCAGAGCCUGGACUCUCUGAGCGAAUGAUAGCCACACCAGCCUGCAGGAGUCACUGGGCCAUGAUCAGGAGCUGCAACCCCAGCUGAUUCUGUCGCUCUCUCUCGAACACCCACUGAGGCCAUGGUUGAGCUCCUGAAAUCAGCAGGAGCUGAAUGUUAAACCUUUAUUGUGCAUUGUGGGUUCAAACUCAAUAAUUUAGAUGUAGGUGACAGCGAUCAAGCGAGAUGAAGAAAUGUUGGUUGUGGGGAGCCGUGUGACAACCAGUGAUUGGGAGAAGGGUGAGUGUUGGGACAGUAUAGCGUGGGGGUGAGUGAUUGGAGAGUGCAUCAUGGGGUCUAUGGUGGGACGGGUACUCUGGUGUCAACCUGACCACUUCCCCCUUUGCUGCUCUGACUGAAACUGCAGCGCACAUCUGAGAAUUUCUUUGCUACAGAUGCUUUGGGUGGAAUAUAAUUAAUUUUAAAACCUUGGUUUUAUGAGAGUUAAUGACUUUUCUCCUUAUUUAAUAAGAGUGGUAACAGGUUUAGAGGUAAAUGUUACAUUUCCGUUCUCUGUCAGGAUAUGGAACAAGGAGUGUUUGCAAAAGCUCUCAGCCUACCAUACUUUGAAUCAGUAUUCUGCUGUUGCUGAACAUGGAGGCUGCAGUUUCCUUAAUUUGAUUUGGAAUGCCUUGCUGCAUGCCUAUAUGUGUGUACUUCUCUUUGCUAUGCUAUGUACUGCUUUUAGACUGAAUGCAUGGACAGAGUAUAGAACCACUGAGAGGGAUUGCUUUAUUCUGGCUGUGUGCUUUGCUCCAUCUUUUCGAUGUUGCAGUGUGUGUUUAAUGAGAUGUUGAUAUCCUUCUGAAUAUUCAUUGUGUUAUAGACCUCCUAGAGACAGCUAAAGUUUGGUCUAAAGCUAAGUACUUGCAUCAAAUUGAGAUUAUUCUGCACCACCGCAUCAACCUGAGCUAGAGAAGAAAUGUUCUUCUUUUGGACUUGACUGCUAUUACACGGACUAACUUUUUAAUGCAAGCAAAACCUUUCAGAAGUGUUUUAUUUUAAAUCUCCCUCCAAUUUCAAUUGGAAAUAAUUAUUUUCAAUGCAUCCACACCGAAAACGUUGAACCACUGGACUCCAUUUUUACUUCCCUUGGACGUCCAGAAAACAUUUACUUGAUUAUCACAUGAAAGGCUUUAAAUUUACCUUACAAAAUAAGAACAGAUUUGUAUUUAUAUAGCACCUAUCAUAACCUCAGGAGAUCACAAAGCACUUGUUAAAAGUGAUCACUGUUGUAAUAUUGGGAAAUGUGCAGCCAAUAUGCACGCAGCCAACUCCUGCAAAUAGCAAUAUGAUAAUGACAAGGUAAUCUGUUUUAGUGAUGUUGGCUAAGGAGAAGAAAAUUGGCUACGACAUCAACGACAACUUCUCUUUUCCAAAAUAGUGCCAGGAAAUGUUUUUACGCCACUAAGGGGCGAAAGGAGCCUUGCUUUAAAGUCUCAUCUGAUCUGACAAUGCAGCACUCCCUCAUUUCUCCACAGAAGUGUCAGCCUUGUUUGUGGGCUGAAGUGGACUUUGAAUCUGUGGCCUUCUGACUCCAAUGUAUUGUUGCUUCUAGCAUUUAUCCUGUAAUUCAUUCUCAAACUGUGCCCCCGGUCCCCUUUCAGCUUAGUGACCUGGAACGGGUUAUGUCUUGAGUUUCCUUGACCCAUGAGUACAAAACACUCCUCCUCCCUAUGGAAUAACACUUGACAUUUCUGAGCCUGUUCACUUGCCUAUAUCAGCUCUGUCUUAUUUAUCUAUCCGCUUGAGCAUUUAUUCAUUCAUAAAUUAAUCAACUCGACCAUAGGUUUAGAUGUUCUUCAUUCUUACAUGAAAUGUGAGUGUUGCUGUCAAAGCUGGCCUUUAUUAACUAUGCCAUUGAACUGAUGGUUCUCUAGACCAAUUCAGAGGACAGUUAAGAGUCAACCUUGUUUCUGCAUGUUUGGAAUCACAUGUAGGCAUGAACAGACCAGGCUGGCAGAUUUUUGUUCUCUACAGAACAUUAAAAGAUCUUAGGAAAGCCUCACUCGUUGCAUGACUGAAUUGCAAGUGCUUCUGUUGAUGAUUGUUCUUGAUCAGUCACAAUCUAUGACAUCCCAGGGCUAUCUGUGGUGGAGGUUUCCCCAAAUCUGAAUUAACACUGCCCAUUGAACACUUGUCAUCCAGUGUGUAGGGUCUGCCUAUCCCCAAGCAAACAGACCGUUGAGGAGCAAGUUCAACCUCCCCAGUGAGGAGCCCAUUGUAAUCCACAUGUGAUGUUCUCCCUCUUCUAUGUCCCCACUGCUUCACCAUUGACAACUUGAACUGCUUAGGCCUUCCGUUCUGCAAAUCCCUUCCAUAAAUAUUCAGUCCUUCCACCACCAAUGUAGAGUGGAGGUGGUGUGAACCAGACUCGAGCUGCACUGCAGCAUCUUGCUGAGGAUCCUUUGACAGCAACUUCCAAUCUAGUGAGCUCUACCACCAACAAGGGCAGUAGACACAUAGGAAGGUCACCCCUAUAGGUUCUUCUCUAAGCCAUUCACCAUCCUCGUAUUGCUGUUCCUUUUAGUGUCACUGGGUCACAAUCUUGGAAUUUCCCCCCAAACAGCAUUGUAGGUCUAUCUACAGCACAUGGAUCGCAGCAGUUCAUCGAGGCAGCUCAAUAACACCACAACUCGUGAAACAGUUUUUUUUUAAUACCUCGUUCCUCUCCUUUUACCGUGCACUUUAAAACAAACAUUCUCCACCAAUUUGGCUUAAUGUCAAAUUGUGUUUAACACUUUUUUGCCCUUGAGAUAUUUCAUGACAUGAAGGUGCGAUAUAAAUGCAAGUUCUAGAUCUAGUCACUACUUUAAACUUGAUGAUGAAACAAAGAAAUAGGAGGCCGUUCUACCAUUAGUGUCUUUCCCAACAUUCAGUUAUAUCAUAGCUAAUCUGUAUCUAAAGUCAAUUUAUUUGUCUUAAUUCCAUAUCCCUUGACACCCUGAUCUAAUUAAAAAUUUAGCCACCUUGAUUUUAAAAAGUUCAGUUGACCAUCUGAUUUGCCCCAUGUCAGGAGACAGGGAUUCUGUUGUCUGUCAUGAAAUAAUGUUCCCUAAUUUCACUCCUGCCACACCCACCUUUGGACCCCGUCACCUUCCACCAUUGACAACUGGUCCUCUAACAUUAUGCGGUCUGUGUGUGUAUCAGCAAUGAGGUCAUUGUUGUGUCUCUGAGUGUUGGGGUCAUUGUUGUGUGUCUGAGUUUAUUGGGCUCAAUUGUGUGCGUCUGACUGUUGGGGUAAGUGGAGUGUGUGUGUGUCUGUAUAUUGACCUCAGUUCUGUGUGUCUGUGUACUGAGCUCGUGUGUGUGUGUGUGUACUGAGCUCGUGUGUGUGUGUGUGUGUGUGUGUGUGUAUAUUGAGCUCAAUUGUGUGUGUGUCUGUGUGCUGAGCUCAAUUGUGUGUGUGUCUGUCUAUAUGCUGAGCCCAAUUGUGGGUGUGCUGAGCCCAAUUGUGGGUGUGCUGAGCCCAAUUGUGGGUGUGCUGAAGCCAAUUGUGGGUGUGCUGAGCCCAAUUGUGUGUGCGCGCGUGCGCUGAGCCUAAUGUGUGUGUGU